AAAUUACUCAACAUUAUGAAAAACAAAUUAAUACUAUACAACAUGAUGAUGCAGAAUCAGUUAAAGAGAAUAAAUCUCCAAUUCCACUCGUUUCUAGACGUAAAAAAAAUCCAAGAUGCAAGAAAUGUAAUAUUAGAAGACCUCACUAUGAUGAAAAUUCUAAUCAAUGUAAAGAUUGUUAUCGGGCUUCAUUACGAGCUUUAAGCGGCAAUAAAUUAAUAGAUGAUUUUAUUGAAUCGACACAAACAUUUUAUCGUCGUUGUAGACAUGACAAAAAAUUAGAAUUCAUUCCAUAUAAACAAUUUACUAAUAUUGAAUACCUAGCUAAAGGAGGGUUUAGUGUAAUAUAUAAAGCAACAUGGAUUGAUGGGCCUAUUUCUCGUUGGAAUCCUAAAAGGCAAAAAUAUGGUCGAAAAGGAAAUUAUGAC